ACAGGGGAGAGGAAUGCCAGUAUCACCGUCAUGCUUUGCUACGGGCAGAUGGCUCUGGGGGCGCGUCCUGAGGACCUCCUGCGCUUCAUCGAGCUCAUCGUGGCAGAGCUUCUCUUCCAAUUCCAGAACACCAGGAAGGAUGAGGCUCUGAAAAAGGGCCUUAUGAAGGCAGCCAUUCUAACAACCAAGGCGCUUGUGCAAACAAAUGUGGGACAUGUCAUCUUCCCGCACAAAGCGGAGCUCACCAUCUGCAUCAUUGAAGUCAUUGAAGAGGAGCCGCUGGGAUCUUUCUCCAUUUCUGUCCUGCACCACGCCAUCAUCACCGUCAGCUGCAUGACUGCCGUGAGACCACCUAUGGACUCCAUGCUUCGGUCUGAGCUAGUUAAGAAAAGCAUCAAGAAGGUGUUUUCGUUGCCCUCCUUGAAACUUACAAAGCUCAAAGCCGGGAGUCCCACGCAAGCAUCACAGAGCCAGUUGACUGGACCUUCUGCUUCUAAGGAUAUGAAUGGAGGAAAAUGGGGUUGCCAGGUUAAAGGAUUUGAGGGCAGAGAGUCUGGGCCGUUGAAAUAG